AUGACUACACCACGCGCGAAUCCGAUCCGAGUCCUAGUGGCCAAACCAGGAUUGGACGGGCAUGACCGGGGAGCGAAGGUAAUCGCUCGGGCGCUACGAGAUGCCGGGAUGGAGGUCAUCUACACGGGUAUUCGUCAGACGCCGAGGAUGGUAGUGCAGGCCGCCGCUCAAGAAGACGUGUCGGUACUCGGCUUGAGCAUACUCUCGGGUGCCCACAUGGAGCUUCUCCCAGAAAUUAUGCGAUUGUUGGGCGAGCAGGGAAUGAACGACGUGAUAGUCGUGCUGGGAGGGAUCGUGCCGGAGGAGGACAGAGAAGCACUGUCCCAAAUGGGGGUCUCCGCAGUGUUCGGACCCGGCACUUCGACGAACGACAUCAUCGAGUAUAUUCAUACCCACGCUUCCGACUAG